UAAUAUUAAUUUUUUGGUUAUAAAAGAGAGACCAAUUUUAUUUUUGCCCACAGUUUUAAGCAAAAAUGCAUUCAUUUUGGUUCGCAGUUUUAGUUUUGCUCGUUGCUCGUGAGUUUGGAGAUGCUGUUCCUGUGAAUGUCGAUCAGCUUAAUCAUGAUAAGCUCAACAUUGACAAUGAUUCAGAAACUAGGCUUAUCCUCCCUCCAGAAAUGACAGCAAAUUACUUUGAAAUCUUGAAGGCAAAGUCGGAGGAAGAUACUAAUUUUACUAAAGCUGAAAAUGCAGAUUCUACACCAAUGAAUUAUUUAAAAUCUUCCGAAAAGAAUUCUACAAAUUUGAAUUCUAAGGGACUAAAAGCAUUGAUGGCAUUUGAUGGAAAUAAACAAACUCCAAUUUUCAUCACGAUUCCAAUUUAUAUUUCAUCGGCCAAUGAUGGACUACCAAUAAUUUCAGCUACCAUUGAAAAAAUUAAUGCUCCUUCCCAAAAGGCCUCGUCUAAGAAACCAGAAGAUAAAAUUAAAAAGGAAACAGAACCAUCAGCAUUAUUUGUAGAUGAAAAGAAACAAGAACAAUCCAUAAACUAAGUGAAAUACUUUUUUUCUAAACAACCACGGCCACCGAUAUCAAUAAAUUUUAAA